CUUCAUGGAUUCCUUCUUUUAUGCAUGAACACACCUCUGGAAUCUGCAACUCUACCUAGUUGUAAUACUUUUGGAAAUGAAACUGAUCGUCUGGCGCUGCUGGACUUGAAGAAAAGAAUCACUCAAGAUCCUCUCCAUGUCAUGAGCUCAUGGAAUGAUUCCCUUCAUUUCUGCAAUUGGGUUGGCGUUACAUGCAACCGUUGCACCAAAAGAGUUGUGAUUUUGAAGCUGACUGCUCAAAAAUUGGCAGGCUCCUUACCAAAAUCUAUAGGAAAUCUUUCUCGCCUUACCGGAAUCGACCUGGGGAACAACAGCUUUGCUGGUGAAAUUCCUCAAGAAAUAGGUCGUCUUGGAAGGCUGCGAUCUCUCAACCUGUCUCGGAAUUCCUUUGGCGGCAAAAUUCCAAGCAACAUAUCUCACUGUACACAACUAAGUUAUGUAUCUGUUGCUGCUAACAAUCUCACCGGAGCGAUCCCAAAUUGGAUAGGAAACUUCUCUUAUCUGCAUAUUCUUUACCUUUCCAAAAACAAUUUUCGAGGAAGCAUACCAAAUGAGCUCGGGCGUCUGACACACUUGGCGGAAUUUGACAUUUCAUUGAAUAAUCUGUUUGGUAUUGUCCCUUCUUCAAUCUAUAAUAUUUCUUCCAUUACAAUUUUCGGUGUUGCUGGGAACCAGCUGCAUGGAGAGCUACCACCAAAUGUUGGCAUUAGUCUUCCCAAUCUCGAAUUUUUUGCCUGUGGUAUGAACAACUUCACAGGAGCUAUUCCUGCGAAGUGGUCAAAUUCUUCUAGACUUCAGGUGCUUGAUUGUUCUGUAAAUGGUUUGACCGGGACACUCCCUGCUGAAAAUCUUGGAAGGUUGCGUAGCUUAGUUCGGAUAAACUUCGGUGGCAAUAGACUGGGAAGUGGGAAAGCUGGUGACUUGAAUUUUCUCAGCUUCUUGGCUAAUUGUACUGUCCUAGAGGACUUGGGUCUGGACCAUAACCAUUUUGGAGGAGAAUUGCCAAGGUCCAUAGCCGACCUAUCUACCCAACUAAAAUAUCUUCUUUUGGGGGGAAAUUUUAUACAUGGAAGCAUCCCUGAAGGCAUUGGGAAUCUUACAAGCUUGGCCUUUCUUGGAAUGAGCAAGAACUAUUUCAGUGGUAGUGUCCCUGAUGCCAUUGGGAAGCUUCAAAUGUUACAGGUACUGAAUUUGUAUUUUAACAACUUUUCUGGGCCGAUACCGUCCUCCCUAGGUAACUUGACUUCAUUGAUAAAGUUACACAUCAACGUAAAUAGGUUUGAGGGAAGCAUACCUCCAAGUCUUGGGAACUGCCAAAGUCUACUCACACUUGCCGUUUCUAAUAACCGUCUAACAGGCACCAUACCUAGAGAGCUUUUUGCGAUUUCAUCCCUUUCAAUUUUUUUGGAAAUUUCUAACAAUUCUUUGACUGGUUCGUUACCAUCUGAAGUGGGUGAUUUGGUAAAUCUUGUGGAGCUGGAUGUGUCAGGAAAUAAGUUAUCAGGUGAAAUCCCAACAACUCUAGGCAGUUGUAUUAUGUUGGAGAGCCUGUAUAUGCAAGGUAAUGAAUUUGAAAGAAAAAUUCCUGAGUCUCUUAAAGGUUUAAGAAGCUUGGAAGAAAUGGAUAUUUCACACAACAACUUAUCCGGGGAGAUUCCUAAAUUUUUAGAAAAGCUCAGGUUUCUUAAGUGUCUCGAUCUUUCUUAUAAUGAUUUUGAAGGUGAAUUGCCUAAAGAAGGGAUCUUUUCAAAUGCAAGUGGUCUCUCAAUUAUUGGAAACAAUAGGGUCUGUGGUGGUCUCCCAAAAUUACUUUUACAUGCAUGCUCCAUCAAAAAGUCCAAUUCAUCAUCUCAUCGACUACUUGCCCCAAAGGUAAUCAUCCUUGUAGCUUGUGCAGUUGCAUGCAUAAUUGCUCUGUCAUGCUUCAUUGUUGCUCGUUCGAAGGUGAAAAAGUCAAGAGGUGGCCUAGUAACUUCAGAUUCUUAUAAGGGCUGGAAAUCAGUCUCUUACUUGGAACUUGUUGAGUCAACUAACGGCUUCUCUGUGGACAAUUUGAUUGGUUCCGGAAGUUUUGGUUCUGUUUUCAAAGGAGUACUUCCUAGUGAUGGGAGGGCAGUUGCUGUUAAGGUAUUAAAUCUUCAACAACGAGGAGCUUUCAGGAGUUUCAUUGAUGAAUGCAAAGCUUUAAGAAGUAUACGGCACCGUAAUCUUCUCAAGAUCAUUACUGCAUGCUCGAGCAUUGAUAAUCAGGGUAAUGACUUCAAGAGUCUAGUAUUCGAGUUCAUGGCAAAUGGAAGUCUAGACUCAUGGCUGCAUCCUAGAGAUGAUGAGCAACCUCAACAAAGUAAGAGAUUGAGCCUCAUCCAAAGACUCAAUAUUGCGACUGACGUUGCUUCUGCAUUAGAUUAUCUCCACCACAGUUGUGAAACAACCAUUGUUCAUUGUGAUCUAAAGCCAAGCAAUGUUCUUCUUGGUGAAGAUAUGGUAGCCUUUGUUGGUGACUUUGGUUUAGCAAGGUUCCUCUUGGAAGCAUCAGAUAAUUACUCCCAAAGUCAAACCAUGUCAGCUGGGCUAAGGGGUUCGAUAGGCUACAUUCCUCCAGAGUACGGCAUGGGAGGCCAAGUUUCCAUUCUGGGAGAUAUUUAUAGCUUUGGAAUACUGUUGCUAGAAAUGUUCACUGGAAAAAGACCUACAGAUGACAUGUUCAAAGAUGGUCUAAGCAUUCACCAAUUCACAGCAAUCAAAAUGCCUGACCAUGUCAUGGACAUAAUUGACCCUUCAUUGCUCAUUGAAAGAAAUGAUGCACAUGGCGAUGGAGAAAGAUACGAAAGUGAAAUACGAACAAGACGAACCACAAGCUAUCAGCAUGGCAGCCCUAUCCAAGCAACAAGAUUGGAGGAAUGUUUGGUUUCAGUGAUGCAGAUAGGGCUCUCAUGCUCUGCAAUAUCACCAACUGAGCGGGGGCAAAUGGAUGUUGUUGUCAACACACUGAAGGCAGCUAGAGACUCCUAUCUCAAUUUGAGAAGAAGAAGAGAAGAAUGAGCUAGCGAUACGCAAGAUAGAGUUAAUGAGCUGCAAGAAACUAUUUAAAUAAGGAUAUCAGAU